AUGGACUUCCCAGCCAAACGAGCUCGAACUGCUCGCCGUAGUCUUUGGGACGAGGAUGAUGAUGCCGAAGCCAAUGACGACGAGCUCACCCUCUCCGCCAGUCAGUUCGAUGCCCGCCAACACCCAAUGUAUCAGCUUGAAAAGAAGCGCGCCAAGUCUGCCUUCAAGCUAAAGUCCCGAUUCGAAGAUAUUUUUGAAAAAUAUAGCAAGGAUUUUGAUGGAGUUGGUGACGAGAUAGAUUUGCGAACUGGCGAGGUUGUCGUAAACAAUGGGCAUCUGCAGUCACUGGAAGAUGAGGAUUUGAACAAAUCUGAGGACGAGGAGGAAGACGAAGAGGAGGCUCUGGGCGUUAAGAGGAAAGACAAAAUCGAGCACUCCGACGAAAACCGGCCAUCGCGACUUGUAUCCCAUUCUCGGAACGGUUCUUUUUUACCUGGAGGAGCAUGGCUACACGCAGAUGCGCCGCCAUCGAUGUUUGAUUCACACUCGCCGCUUUUUCCCGGAAACGGCGCUUCCGAUCCAGCAUGGCAAAUCCCCGAGUUGCAAUUACCGCCGCGGCAAAAUAUCCAUGGAUCUGGGUCUCCUUUUGAUCAAAGCUACCAGUCAUCAUUCGGGGCUGCUAGCUUUGGGAUGGGCUUUGGCGCCUGGGGAACCUUAGGCCAGCCAUACAGGAGAUUUACGGCCGCAAAAGACAUCGGACCUAGAGCCGAGGUAGAUUCAGACGUUCUGGAACAUAUUUCAGGAGCCGUCACGGACGACUCGGGUGAAGAAGAUGCUCUUUGCAGCGAAAUCGCGAACCCAUCCGUCUCCAUCCCGCGCUCUCGUACCAUGAAGCGAUUCGAGGCUGUCACAGCUCCAUUUGCUGGGUUAAAUGAAGCUGUACAGGAUCGCGAAUCUGCUGAAGAGAGCCAGCCUACGCGGCGGCCAGUGGGAAGACCUAGAAAAAAGCUCGAGCAAGGUUCUCACAACACGAUGCCGGCAGAGACACUAUCGCCAAAGCUGCUUCCAACUUCAUUGCCUUCAGACGCCGCCAACAAUACGGUCCUCCCACUGAGACCAAUAUCCAUGCCGAACACUUCUGCUAUUGCGGAGGUCUGUGCUGGGGAGCAAGCAUUGCUUAUCGACGAUUCUUCAUUGCUUAUCGACGAUUCUUCAGACUCGCAAGGUCGCCGGUCCGCGCGCGUGCGCAAGCCUAUUGAACAUUACAGUCAAAUCAAUUGGACGAGAACAGGCGACCAGGCGUCUCAAAUUUUAACGCCACCCCCAGACGAAAACACUCGUCAGACAUUACCCCAAAGUAGCCCACUGAGACCAAAUGAUCAACCUACAGAAAGACUUGCGGUUGAGUUUUCGAGCUCAUCUCAAAAUCGCAGACCCGAAGUUAUUGAGGAUGAUGAAGAGUAUACACGAAAUAGCAGCCCAGCAAAUAUAGGGGCGGAUGAUCCCAAACCCAGCAAAGCAACACAAAACUUGGAAGAGUCUGGUCUAUCAAUAAUCGAAAAUGAGACUGAUGGUGCACAGCUAUCAAACUCUGUGUUUGAUGUUAGCAAAGACAUGCUGGAAAAGUCCGUAGAACGGUCUGGUCUGUUGCUUGAUGCGGAUGGACGGGGGACAAAUACAGCUGGAACUACGCUGGAAACCCUCCCAUUCGUUGAAGAAGAUGUCGAAGGUGAUACAGAGGAAAGUGUUUCCAAAAGUGCACAACUUCCCCAACAUGAUGAAGUUGUCCUCGAUUCGGAUAACACUCCUGACAACUUGCAACCUCAUACAUAUUAUCCUGAGCCAAAUGAGGAAUGUGGCGAAAGUCAUCAUGGCGACGAGUCGAUUGAACUAGGCGAGCCGAUAGUCUGUGAUUCUGAUCCCUUGAGGAACAUCAAUGGCGACACAGAAGACAUAGACGCAGCCCGACAGCUCCAUACUGAGGCACUUGAGGCGACGGCUACUUAUUCAGAUUUGGGCGGAGAAGAUAUGUCUUCUCCGUCACGAUCGCUAGCUACAGAACCAGUGAGUCCACCAUUUAAAUUUGUCGACGAUCCUGGGACAAAUCCAUCCCCCGAACUGCUUCAGCAGAGCCUCGGCCACAGCCCUCAUCAUGAUAGUCCUGCAAAACGCAACCGGAAGCCAGACUCAGAAGCACCUUUCACGCAAUCACCUACGCGGCCUGGCAGAAGACCUGCAAAAAGAACCUCGCCAUCCAAACUACAACCAUCAACACCCAAAAAGACUCGCACACUCGCUUCUUUGAUUCCCAAUAGCUCUGAUGAUGACGAUGAAGACGAACUGAGCAUACUCUCCUCCUCGGUUCCAACAACUCCAACAUCCAACUCACUGCUACGCGUCAGUUUUGUCCGCGGUGCAUCUCAAAUAUCCUCAGACACACCCGCAGCGCUCCAGAGUCGUCAAAACAGCGCACUCUUCUCAACGCCUCGUCAUUCUACACAUGGAUCAACCCGUAUAGAGAGCCGCCAAGGCUCUCCAGUUUUACCUAGGAUGCCGGCAACAGACACCACCGCGGUCAGAUUUGGUCUGAAGAGGAAACGGCCUGCCACCACCACCAGCUUGGCUCAAAGUUCUCCCCUAGCGCGAACAGUGCUACUCAGAACACCGCAAAAGGACACGGCUAGGAAAAGCUCUCGAUCAAUACAAACUAGUAGCCCUAUGGAUGAUAGAGACCGCACAACAGGGGGCACGGCAAGACGAUGUGGCGAAGACGGGUUCGCGUGCCAUCGGGAUUUUUGCUUCACAUGCUGCCAGUAA